AUGUCGGUACCACAGGGACGCAUAGUCAACGGCGAAGAAGCGGAACCAGGCGAAUUUCCUUUCAUGCUGUCGCUGCAGCAGGGUGAGGCUCACUGGUGCGGCGCCUCCAUCUUGAACGAGCAGUGGGGGAUCACCGCAGCCCACUGUCUCAAACAGGUCAACCCAUACGGGGUGCUGGCUGGUACCAUCCAACUGAAAGAAGGGGGUACGAGACACAACGUGACAGAGAUCUACAUUCAUGCAGAUUAUAACGCCUCUGAUUCCUAUGUCAAUGAUAUAGGGGUAUUCAGGGUGACGCCAGAUUUUCAAUUUGAUGGCGAGACAGUGGCGCCAAUACCGCUGCCAGAGCAGGGGGAACUGCUUCCAGAUGGCGUCAACAUCACUGUCAUGGGCUGGGGAGAUCUCUGGGCUGGAGGGCCGCAUCCAUAUUCCCUGCGAAAAGUGGACUUAACAACAGUCAACCAAGAGGAGUGCCAGGCGGUGUGGGCCACAGAGAACGACCCUAUCUACGAUACGCAGUUAUGCGUUGCUCGUUUUGAAGACAUAAACUACGACUCCUGCACCGGUGAUUCAGGCGGUCCGCUGGUCUACGAGGGAAAGCUUGUGGGGCUGGUGUCGUGGGGCUACAGGUGUGCCACCCCUCCCUACCCCUCGAUUAACACCCGAGUCUCCAGCUACGUCAACUGGAUCACCGAGACCACCAGUGGAUCAGUGGUGCCGCACUAG